UCCCAAAAUGAGACUGACAAAAAAGCACAGUCACUGCAGCAAGAGCGUAACCGAAAUCAAGCGGCAAUCGAGGGAGAAUGAGCUAAGACCGGCGGGUGAUGUAAGCGGAAUGGAGGAUUCCUGAUCUGGACUAGUCGAUUAGUUGUCCAGUGAAGAAUGCGCCAUUAAUAAUUGUUCAUGCAAGAGAAUGUUCGUUGCAGAUUCGUUGCGAUCUGGGCCUGUUUCUUCUGCGAAUUAGAGGCUGCAAGAGUGGGAGAUCGCUGGCAUAUGAGUUUGAGGUUAUGCGUUGUUUUGAGUUAUAGUUCAACUUACAUUGAACUCCUUUCAACAAGGCCGGCUGGCCCAAUGGUAAGGCGCUUGACUACGAAUCAAGAGAUUGCAGGUUCGACCCCUGCGUCGGUCAUUUUUUUGUUUUAUCUUUUUUUUGUAUUAUUUUUCUCUUUUAAUGUCAUUGUGUAUUUAAAAGGCUAUAGGUUUAUCCAAGUAAUCAAGAGAAUGCUAUGUCUAUAAUCUAUCGUGAACGCUCACUUCAUCAACAAAUUGACUGCCCACGGCACACUCAGCCCUCUGAUAUCCCCAUAAUGCUGCCCA